CAGGUACUUCAGGUGUGCUCCAAGUGGAAAAUGUUAACCAUUGACCAGGCCGCCACACCCAUGAGACAAACAAACUCUGUAGCUGUGUGAGAGCUACUAUUAACUAUUACUAUCAUUACAUAAAUACAGACUCGCUCAUAAAGGGUUGCCAAACACAAGCCAGCUGUUUAAUGUUGCUAUAGUAACUAAUUGUUGGUUGACCUGUGAAUUGUGAUUUUAAGAUUAGGCCGAUGCAGAGAGUCGGGAGGGGGAGGGUUUUGGUUUAUGAGUAACUGUGCUCCCUGUGUCACGGUUUGCUCUUCAGUGCAGUCAUUCCAUCUCAUAAAGCAGGAAUCACCUGUCAGAGACGACAAAACUAGCUGCUUCAGCUGAGGAGGAUAAAGCGACACAUAAGCUAAAAUGCUCCCAGAGAAGCAGCUCCAGUGCAGCAUCUGUCUGCAGGUGUUUACUGACCCAGUGACCACUCCCUGUGGGCACAACUUCUGUCUAGUCUGCAUCGGGCUGGUGUGGGACAGCAGUGACGUCUGCCAGUGCCCCACCUGCAACAAGACUUUCGCCUCCAGGCCUGACAUAAGCAUCAACACGGCCUUCAAAGAGCUGGCAGACACUUUAAGGCAAAUUAUCGUCUGCUCCUCGGCUUCACCUCUGUCUGCAGCCCAGCCGGGCGAAGUCGUGUGUGACGUGUGUGCCGCCACCUCCCUGCAGGUGAGGGCCCACAAGUCGUGCCUGGUGUGUCUGACGUCGUACUGCGAGGCCCACCUGGAGCCACACCGGACCGUGGCCACGCUGAAGCUGCACAAGCUGAUGGAGCCGGUGAAGAACCUGCAGGACAGGAUGUGCAAGAAGCACGAGCGGCUGCUGGAGAUGUUCUGCAGGAUGGAGCAGAUGUGCGUCUGCCAGUUCUGCACCGAGACGGAGCACAAAGACCACCCGGCGGUGACAAUGGAGGACGAGAGCAAGGAGAGGAAGGUUCACAUGAAGCAAACGCAGGCAGAUUUUCAGCAGAUGAUCCAGGAGCGGCAAAAGAAGAUUGAGGAGAUAAAAAACUGUCUGAAGCUGAGCGCACUGAGUGCUGAGAAGGAGAAGAAGGCGAGCGACAGUCUCUUCACGUCGCUGAUCAACUCGACGAAGGAGAGACAAGCCGAGGCUAAUGCAGAAAUAGAGGAAAGGCAGAGAGCGGAAGAGAAGAGGGCAGAGGAGCUGAUCGGUGAUCUGCAGCAGGAAAUCGCUGAGCUGCAGAGGAGAAACACUGAGCUAAACGAGCUGGAAAACACGGACGACCACCUGCACCUCCUGCAGAGACUGCCCUCGCUUGUGUCACCUCCGCCUACCAACAGGGAGUGGACAGAAACCAGGAUCUACCCUGAACUUUGCGUUGGAACGGUGAGGAGAGCGCUUUCCAGACUGGAUAAAACUUUGAGGAAAGACCUGGAUAUCGUGAAGAAAGAAGAGAUGAGGAGGAUGCAAAAAUAUGCAGUGGAUGUGGUGUUGGACCCAGACACGGCCCAUCCAAACAUCGUCCUGUCCCCUGACGGAAAGCAGGCGGGCCGAGGCGAGCUGCUGCACAUUGUUCCUGACAUUCCCCAACGCUUUGACCCAGUUAUCUGCGUUCUGAGCAAGAAAGGCUUCCGGUCUGGAAGGUUCUACUUUCAGGUUGCGGUUGGAAAUAAGACCUUCUGGGACCUGGGCGUGGUCAAAGAGUCCAUCAACAGGAAGGGCAUGAUCACCUCCACCCCGGACAACGGCUACUGGACGGUGCGUUUGAGGAACGCCAGUGAGUACCGGGCCCUGGACUCCCCCUCCGUCCUGCUUCAACUCCAGAAGAGGCCCAAGACCAUCGGAGUGUUCACAGAUUAUGAAGAAGGGGUGGUUUCGUUCUUUGACGUGGAUGACAGAUCGCACAUCUACACCUUCACCGGGUGUUUGUUCUCAGAGAGGAUUUUCCCUUUCUUCAGCCCAGGAGUUUUUGACCACGGGAAAAACACAGAGCCGCUGAUUAUCACAGCUGUCAGUCACGAAACUUGAAAAGAAACCUUUAAUUGAGUUAGGCAGCACGUUUUGUACACAACAGAGUGGUUUUCUUUCUUCUACUCUAUUUAAUAAAGGAUGUGUAUAGAAUAUGGAGGUGUUCAUUUUGGAUCAAAUGUGAAGCAAAACAAAUCUGGUUUAAGAAUCCAAUUUCAGUGACGGCUGCUAGUUUAACAGAAAACUGAUCAAUCUCGGGUUGGCUUGACAUUUCCGCUUCCAAACUGCAAAGUUUAUGCUGACACAUAAACUAACAAACCAAACUCAGUUAAAAACGAGAUCAUUAUUGGAAUAUUAUUGAUGUCUUCAUCAAUAUCCUCUGUCAGUCCUCCCUGUGGAUGCAAACAGUGACCAGUAGAGACGAACAGCUAAACAAUGACUUAGUAAAAUGAUGAAUGGCAUGAACCAUUAAUUCUGAUAUCCUUGGUGAAUGUUCAGAUUUUAUUUUUACGACAUCAUCAUUGACCCUUGAAUAUCCUUAAUCUAAUUAUCUUAUUUCACUCAAAUGUUCUACGUUCAUUUUAAGCUUUGUGCUUCAAGGGGCACACCGCCUUCAUCGAUUAUUGUCACCACCAGUAAAAUAGAUAAAAAGUCGUAGAAUAAAUUUCUCUUUUAUGAUCUUUUUAUGAUUCUAUUCCAGAAGAAACAGACUUGUGUCAUGUUUCGCACUCCAUGGGAAACAGGAAGUCGGGCACUACGACUCCAAAGCUCUGAGAUAGUUUUAUCCACUCAAGAGUGUAUAAACAGAAAAAGUUUUAGUUGCGUUUCCUUUACAAUAAUUGUCUGCGGUACCAGUAACUGUGGCAUCAUUGAUUACCCUACAAGAAACCCAAAUUCAAAAUACAAAUCAUCUUGUAAAUUUUCUGCAUUGUGUCCAUUGUGUCCACCCUGGACAAGCUUGUGUCCAGGGUGGACACAUAGGUUGAUGGACAGCAUGUGACUCUAUAGUGUUCCACAGACUAUGUGAAUUUGUCUGAAUCAAUAUUGGAUGGAAAAUUGUAAUAAUUUAUGUAAUAAAGUGCUUCUAAAACCUGA